AUGGCGCGGCAUCUCCAAAUAGAAGCGAAACUCGUCGGUGUUUUCACGGAGUCAAAGCCGUCAAAAGGCCAAGAGACUGGAGUGGCCUGCUUGGUUGUAUACUGCGAUUACACGGCCACUGGACGAUCCCUACAAUUUCUCGAAGACUAUAUUUUUAAAGAAGUUUUACCGUAUCUUGGCGAUACACGGGCUUCUACGACGAUAUGCAGCUUACAGUCGUCGCUUUUUAGGCACGAGGCCAGAGACAUCGUCCGACAUGCGGUUGGCGCGGGCGAGCAGGACGCGGUGCUUUUCACGGGCCAGGGCACCGCGGGGGCGUUACGCACUUUGCUGAAGCACCUCGACCUCGGGACGCCAACCGUCGUCUUUGUCGGGCCCUUCGAGCACCACUCCAACCUGAGGCCCUGGCGGGAGUACGGGGUCAGGCUGGUGAGAAUUGACGAGACGCGCGAGGGCUUCCUGGACUUGAACGACCUCGAUCGGAAGCUGGUGAAGGAAAGGAUGGAGAAUCCGUCGGCGCGUAUGGUCGGAUACUUUAGCGCGGUCAGUUGCAUAACUGGUGUCCUUGCCGAUGACGUCGCCACGACGCUUCUGCUGAGGCAACAUGGGGCUCUCAGUGUUUGGGAUUACACUUCGGCAGCUCCCUACCUCAAGGUCGAGAUGAAUCCGAACCUGCCGGGAGUGGGCGAGCGCACGGUGCACAAGGACGCGAUCAUAUUCGCGGGGCACAAGUUUAUCGGUGGGGCCCAGUCCCCGGGCGUCCUUGUGGCCAAGCGAUCCCUCCUCGGCGAGGACGUCUGCCCCGAAGACAUGCGGGACUCGCAUCGCUACAUGCGCGACCCGGAGCUCAGGGACGAGAGCGGCAGCGGCGGCGUCGUCGAGGCGAUACGCUGCGGCCUCGCGGUCCAGCUCAAGGAAAACAUCACGCACCAGGCCAUCGCCGCAAGGCAGGACAAAAUAUCGAGGUGAGUUCGUCGCCCUCUCCUUACGUCAGGCGACUAUCGAGAUUUACGGGGGCCAGUGAUCCGCGGCCGUUAAUCGGUGGAACAUUCAUGAGGUCUCGGUUUCGUUGCCUCGGGAGUCCGCCUAUGACAAUUAUAACGACGCGUAAAUUCCGCAUUGUGCUGCUGUACAGUUGAUUGGCAAUAUCGGGAGGGCGGACAUUUUUUAAGAACAAUUUUAAC